GUGGAGAGAUUCUAAAAUGGCCUCCAAAGUGCAUACUAGACUUCACCUCCAAACAAAGCCAUGUCUAUCAAAAAUGGCAACACUUCUCCUUUUCCUUUGCUUCUUAUUCACCUCCUUCUCUUAUGCAGCAGAAGCAAGGAAUUGCCAUAGAGUGUGGAACUGCAAAGGAGACAUUAGGUGUUGGGAAGACUGCAAAAAUGAGCACAAUGGAAAGGGACUUUGUGAUCUCUACACUGCACCUUCUGUCCCUAAGCAAUGCUUUUGUGCUUAUAAAUGCUAAACACUUUUCGUGUUUUCUUCCUUUUGUUUCGGGUCUAAAUCGAGUUAGUAUCGAGUAAUAGUGAGCUCUCACGAGCACCCUUCAUGUGUUUUACUAUCUAAUUUAGUUCUUGCAAUUUUAAUGAAUAUUAUA